UGUAUUGCAUGCAUUGGUGACGGAUCUGUUACUGCAUCAUGGUAAUGGAGUUGAAAGUGGGCGUUCUUCUUCUUCAAAACUCUCUGUACUAGUUCUUUUUUAGUUCAUUAUACCAUCUUCUGUUCAAAAUGUUGCGAGAAAUAGUUGAACUACUUUACUUCCUUAUUCGUGUUACGUUUGCGUAUUUAAAGGCUUUUUAUCGCUUGUUUGUCAGUCCAUCCAAAGUUCCUGUCCGUGGGCGGGUCGUCGUAAUUACUGGUAGCGGUAGCGGGCUGGGCCGGGAGCUAGCCCUUCGCUUUGCCGCUAAAGGAGCCCGGCUCGCACUCUGGGAUAUCAGCGUAUCAGGCAACAAGAAAACCGCUGAAUUAAUCCAGUCCGAGACUCCAGAUGCCGAGAUUCAUCUCUACACAGUAGAUGUCACAGAUAUAGAACUUGUGAAAACAUCUGCUUUAAGGGUAAGAAGUGAAAUAGGAGACGUUCACAUGCUAAUCAACAAUGCUGGAGUAUUGGUCGGAGAGUCUUUACUAGAGCUCAGGAAUGAUGACAUCAGACGGACCAUUGAAAUCAACCUCCUAUCUGUGUUCUGGACACUACGUGCAUUCUUGCCAGGGAUGCUGGAGUCCAAUUCUGGCCACAUCGUGACGACCUGCUCAGCAGGCGGUCAGAACGCGAUGCAUCGGCUCACCGAUUACUGCGCCUCUAAGUUUGGCAUCUUUGGUCUCGACGAGGCGUUGGAAUCAGAGCUAAGGGACGUCUAUCACAAGACCGGUAUCAAGCAGACCCUCAUCUGUCCUCACUUUCUGGAUACUGGUAUGAUACAUUCCAUCUCUGCAAGGGGGAUUGCAAUGAACAAAACAGACGAUGCAGCAGAUUAUAUCUUUGAUGGAAUCCUGAGGCAAAAACGUUAUAUCUACUUCCCAAGGAUAUUCUCAUUAGCACCUACAUUGAAAGAGUUACUUCCCCAUGAAGGCCGGCUUGCUCUUUUAGACUUCAUUCAGACUAAGAUUCCUUCCCAGAGUGUGAACAGACCCCAUUACGAUUGACUGUCCACAUGAUGAUACCAGGGUGACAUCUUGCACUUCUAGACUUCAUUCAGAUUCAAUUACUUCACAGAGUGUGGACAGACCCCAUUACGAUUGACUGUCCACAUGAUGAUACCAGGUUGACAUUUUGCACUUCUAGACUUCAUUCAGACUAAGAUUCCUUCACAGAGUGUGAACAGACCCCAUGAAGAUUGACUGUACAUGGUAAUACCAGGGUAACUUCUUUCACUUAUAAUCCUGUAUUCUGAAGUCGGGUUUAAUUUUAACUCUGGUUUUAAGUUGUGGUUUGACUAUGGAAAGCC